CGGCGCGGCGGCCCCGCCCCUCCCCUGCGUGCGUCCGCGUUGCCGAGGUAACCAGGAGGCAGCGGCGGGGCGCGGGAAGCCGCUCAACAUGGAGGACGUGCACGAGGGCCCGCGGCCGCGCAUCACCACCAGCCAGCUCGCGCAGCACGUGGGACAGCCCGUCUGCUUCGUGGGCCGCGUGCAAAAGAUUCACCCGAGCGGGAAAAUGUUUGUCCUCUCGGACGGCGAAGGCAAGAGCGCCACCGUGGAGCUCAGCGAGCCUUUAGAUGAAGAAAUCUCUGGAGUCCUUGAAGUGGUGGGAAGAGUAACAAAUCAGGCAACUAUCAUGUGUAUGUCAUAUGUCCAGUUCAGAGAAGAUAAAAGCCCUUUUGAUCUUGAGAUGUACAAUGAAGCACUAAAAGUAAUCCAGGAAUUUCCUGAAUAUUUCCCAUUUGGUAUUAUAAAAGAAUGAUCAACUCUUUCUGGUACAACUUCAGAAUGGAUGACAGUGGUUUAACCUUGCCAUUUUAGGAAGGCUUAACUUUUUUGCAGUUGAGAUGCUUAAGAGAUGUCUGCUAAAAUGUUUUGUCUGAUUGGACUGUCUGACAUCAACAUACUGACUUUCGGUGUCAUACUUGCCUUUUUCUGAUCUAUCCUAAAUUCAGUCUGUGUAGUUUUGUUGAAAGCAAUUUUUUACCGAAUUUUGUAUAUGCUUUAUUAAGAUCAUAUCCAGAGAAAUGCUGUAGCAAGUUAAUUUAGUUUCUGGUUAAAAUAGUUUCUACAUGCUUGUCCCCUGCCCGUCUCCUUAUUCAGCAUUUCCCAUUGUUAGAUAUUUAGUUACCAGAAAGUUUAUGAAAAUUAAGCCAUUCUGUGAGAGGGGUAUAAAAGUAUUGUUUAAAACAAGCAUUGUGCCUGAAUAUGAACUUUUGAACUACCUGGCAGUAAAACUUGAUCUUCUGUCUUGGAAACCAGUUACUUUUCCAAUAAAGUGUCAGGCUAUACUUGAAUUAAGUGUUAUGAUUGUUUUUAAAAUUGAUAAAUCUUUUCUUGAAGAGCUGUUUUUGUUAAUAAAUCACGUUCCGAGUUCUACCACUACCUGAUGUGAGUAAUUUUAAUUCCAACACCAACCAGGGCAUAAGAUGCCCAAACUCUCACACUGAUGUUAAACACAGUUGAAAAUUUAUUUUGAUAAUUUUUGUAUUUUUAAGCAGUCUUGUGUGGCCAUGACCAAAAAACAACCUGUAUUUUUGUUGACUAUAUAGGUAAAGGCACAAAGGAUUGAAUAGACAUGAGAGUGAACUAAUUUAAUUGCUAGAGAUGGUUCCAAGAGUAGUACACAAUAGAAAUCCAAGCUUCCCUACCAGUGCUCUCUAAAUUUUCAGGAUUCUUUUAAGCCUCUUAAGUCAGGACAUUUCAGGAACAAAUUCACAAAAGGAAAAUCUGACUGCAUUCUGUUAAUUUAUGCAUGGGUACCAGAUUUAAAUUAAAUGUUGUCAUUGUAGAUGUUGAAUGUACUCUCAUCCAUCAUCUUUCACAAAUUGUAGUUUUAUUACUGUCUAGAAUACCAGAUUUUAUUGUUACUUGUCACUUGCAAAAAGCUGUAUUUAAAGCAUUUGCAAUAUCUUUCUCUAGGUAAAUAAAAGCUCCUUUCUAGUUUAAAAAUA